AUGGCUGUGCUUCAUCAGAAGUCUGUCUUGGAAAUGAUUAAAGAGUUUAGAAGGAACUGGCACACUCUUUGUAACUCUGAGAGAACUACUGUAUGUGGGGCAGACUCCAUGCUCUUGACAUUGCAACUUUCCAUGGCAGAGAACAACAAACAGCACAAUGGAGAAUUUACAGUUUUUCUCAGUGAUGUGUUAUUGACUUGGAAGUACUUUCUACAUGAGAAAUUGAACUUACCACUGGAAAAUAUGGAAGUGAUUGACCAUUAUGAGGAAAUCAGGAAGACCUAUGAUGAUUUUUUGAAGAAUAGUAAUAUGGUAGAUCUGAUUGAUGUUUAUCAAAAAUAUGGGGUUUUGACUUCUAGUUGUGAAAAGGAUGACAAUAUAUCCCCUAGUCAACUACGGGAUUUUCUGUCUGGCAGACAGUAUGCAGUAAAUGAUGAAACUGAUUUUUGUGUACCGACAUCGCCAACAAGUAAACACAAUGAGGAUAAUGGAAAGGUGCGGUUACUAGCAAAGAAAAUUAUCUAUUCAUAUUUAAAUCUGCUAGUGAAUUCAAAGAAUGACCUGGCUUUGGCUCGUAUUCUCAAUAUCCCUGAUAGAGGACUUGGAAGAAAAGCCUUCACAGACUUGAAACAUGCUGCUCGAGAGAAACAGAUGUCUAUCUUUUUGGUGGCCACAUCAUUCAUUCGCACAAUAGAGCUUGGAGGAAAAGGAUAUGCACCAUCACCAUCUGAUCCUUUAAGGGCACAUAUAAAGGGACUGUCUAAUUUUAUUAAUUUUGUUGACAAAUUAGAUGAGAUUCUUGGAGAAAUACCAAAUCCAAGCAUUGCAGGAAGUCGGAUACUCUCAUUGAUAAAGAUGCAGCUGAUUAAAGGCCAGAACAGCAGGGAUCCUUUCUAUAAAGCAGUAGAAGAAGUUGCUCAGGAUUUGGAUUUGAGGAUUAAAAAUAUUAUCUAUUCUCAACAAGGAGUUGUAGCUGUUAGCACCACUGACAUCAGUCCUGCACGGCCAAAAUCAUAUGCCAUAAACCAUGGUACUGCAUACUGUGGUAGAGAUACUGUAAAAACUUUACUAGUUCUUUUGGAUGAAGAAGCAGCCAAUGUUCCCACCCAAAACAAAGCAGAACUUUUGUAUGAUGAUGAAAAUACAGUUCAUGAUAGUGGAACUUCUAUUCUUAAACUUUUCAGGUCUCCCACACAAGUAAAACAUCCAUCAGUCAAACCCCUAAGAGAACGCAUCCAAAAGUCAAUGCAAGAGAGAAAAAGUAAGAUGAAGCAAACCUUAAUAAGAUCCCAGUUUGCUUGUACUUAUAAAGAUGACUGCAUGAUAAGCAAGGAUAAAUGGAAUAGCGAUAAUUCUGCAUCAAAGCCUUUAUUUGUUCCUCACAUAGAAAAUGGCCUUUCUGGUAUAAAUUCAUCUGUUGGAACAACAGCAGUUGGAACAAGUUCUGAAAAUGUUCAUCCGGAUAGAAGUAAAAAUGAAAAAAUAUUGGGAAAAUCAAGAAGUCAGAAAGGGAAUAAGAGCCCAAAAAGGAAACAGUUGGAUUUGGAUGGUGAAAAUAUUAUCUCUGAUAAUGGAAAUGAACUGCCUCAACAUAAAAAUGCUAAAAUACUUGAGGCACCAGACAAAUCACAGAAUAAACUGAAUGGCAAACUAGCUAGAGUAGAAAAAGGCAACAAAUGUACUUCCAAGGACAAAGUGCUUGCUGGUCAGACAAAGUUAACUCAGUAUUUUAGACUAUGAAUUUGCCUUUUAUUGCUUUAGAUUUAUUUAUAUCUAA